UAGACCUGAUAAGUGGCCCAUUAUCUCAAUUUUUGGAAGAAUUAUUCACAGAAUUAUGUAUUCUAUACUCAAAUUUGAGCCUACAUUUGUCGCAUAAACUAAAGAAAAAAAUACGUAUUUUCCUUUUUUUUGUGCGUUCUUUUUUUGUUUUUUUAAAAGUGAGUAAAAAUAUUACAAUGGGGAAUGAGACCGUUUUGAAUAUAUUGUUUCUUUCCGGUUUGUCUGACCUUCCCGCUCUUCAGCUCCCUCUAUUUCUCUUCUUCCUCCUCAUCUACCUUCUGACAAUAAUCUGGAAUUUGAUGAUCAUCUGCCUCAUAGUCACCAACUCUCACCUCCACAUUCCUAUGUAUUUCUUCCUUGGGAAUCUGGCCAGUUUGGAUCUCUGUUGUUCCUCGGUCACUGUCCCAAAAAUGUUAUUUGACCUUCACACCAAGACACGAAGGAUUACAAUUACAGGUUGUAUAACCCAAGUCUUCUUCUUUUUACUCUUUGCCACUUCUGAGAUUUUUCUUUUGACUGUCAUGUCCUAUGAUAGAUAUACUGCUAUUUGUAAGCCAUUACAUUACACACAGAUCAUGAGUUUGAAGGUAUGUGUACAGUUGGCCUCCAUUGUAUGGUGUCUUGGCUUUACUAAUGCUUUAGUUCACACACUUUUUGCCUUAAGGUUAAGAUAUUGUGAAAAAGAUGUUAUAGAAAGCUUCUUUUGUGACCUUCCACAGUUGUUUCAGAUCUCAUGCAGUGGAGCCUACAUCAACAUUCUGCUCAUCUUUAUCUUGGGCGCCUUUCUUGGAGUUGGGCCUCUAAUACUGACCUUUUUACCCUAUGUCUCUAUAUUUAAAACUGUCCUUAAAAUGCAAGUUAAAGGUAAAAGGAGUAAAGUUUUCUCUACAUGUACCUCUCACCUGACAGUGGUCUUCAUAUUUUAUUCCUCUGUUAUGUUUAAUUAUUUCCAACCAAGUGCAAAUCAUCAUUCUGGUGGUGAGAAAGUGGCCCCUGUCUUUUACACAGCGAUUGUCCCUCUACUCAAUCCUCUGAUUUACAGUUUGAGAAACCAGGAGUUUAGAACAGCAUUUAAAUAUUUUUUUAAGAAGACUUUCCCACUACAAUUCAUUAAUUAUCGAAGAUAAACCCUCAAAAAAAGUCGAAAGAUGUGUGCUUUACAAUGUAUCAAUAGGCCUUUUUUACUUUUAAAGACCAACUCCCAUGAAGCCAAAACUCCUCCCUCGCAGUUGUUAGACAUUCUUUGAAGGAAAAAAUUAUAUUUUAUCAUAGUUCUCUCUUUUUAAACUACAGAGAAUUGAUGGACUGGGUUUUUGUGGAC